UGAAUCAAGAAGCUAACAUUCUUUAUGAACGAAAUCAAAAUAAAUUCCCUUCGGAUAUGAAUUCCAAAAUAUUAGAAGAUCUUUCUUCAGAAGUGUAUUUAUCAGGAGAUAUAUUACAUAUAAAUAAUGAUGAUGUACUUGAGAUAAAACAUGAAAUAAACAACAUACGAAAUAUAUCAUAUUUUACAAUGAUAAAAUUAUUAUGUUCUAUGUUAAACACCUCUAAACAUAGUAUUGUAUACUUUGGUUUAAAUAGUAAUUUUACUAUCAAAGGAAUUUCUGCCACUCGUGCAGAAAGAGAUGGAUUUAGAUGCGGAAUAAAUAAUAUAAUGACUAAUAAAAUAGAGCCUAAAUUGUCACAUACUAAUUAUAAAAUAAAUUUUAUUCCGGUGCUCAGAACACAAGACGUUUGCAUUUCAUUUAAUGAAGAAAAUUUAAAAUAUGUAAUCGAAGUGCAUAUAUAUCCCGUACGAAAUACUAUGUAUAAAACAGAAGAGGGAGAAUAUUAUUUGAGAAAAGAUGGCGUAACUAUUUGCGCCAACAAGUGUGGCAUUCGACAGUGGGUUGGAUAAGAGAAAUGAUAUUAGCAACAAAUGUACGCUUUGCAAAAUGCUGUCGAAACUCUUGAAACAUUAAUUUAAUUUUUGUUAUUCGUUUCUCAAUAAAUUAUUUUUCAAUGUUAUUUAAAUUUUAAUUACACUUUUUAAAGAAUUUGUUAAUGUUAUGAUA